UUCCCCCACAUUGGACUAAAGCAAAAGACUCCGGAAUCCAUCACCAGUGCUAUGUUAAAAGAGCCCCGUAGUCCACGCUUUUAUCACGAAGUGCAGGAGAAGCUACCGCCAAUAUACAAAGUCCGGGAGAAGCAAGCCGUGGACAGCAACUUCCCCUUCUCUGUGCAUGACAAUCGGCAUAGUUUUGAGAACUCUGGAUGCUACCUUGACUCUGGCCUGGGACGUAAGAAGAUGUCUCCAGAUAAAAGGCAACAUGUUUCAAGAAAUUUCAAUCUUUGGGCAUGUGACUACAUUCCAUCUUGUCUCGAUGGCUUUUCAAAUAACCAAAUAUCAUAUGUCUAUAAGGAAGCCAUGGUGGUCUCAAAUUUCAGACGCUUUCCAAGACGCUAUAAUGAGAUAUGGAGUACUUUUAAAUUUAUUCCCGAGCGAAGCUAUACAGAGUAUUUGAAAAAGAAGCCCAAAGUAAGGUUCACUAUUGACAAAAAGGCUAUUUCUCCACUGGAUCCCUAACCCUCCCAGAAGAUUCUUGAUGAGUUUAAUAAUAUUGGUAUUUCAUCAGCCAUUCUAAAAGUACAUGUUUUCUGAUCCAGCACUACCAUUUAAUCUUUGAAAUAUUUCUGUGAUUUUUAAGAAGGUUGAAAAACAUUCAAAGUCCUUAUAAAAUAAAAAUGUGUGAAGAUAUACACACACAUAAAUAAACUUUUAAGAU